ACCAAAGUUUGCCCAUGUCUGCUGUAAGGGAUACUUUUUUGAGGGUGAAAUCUGCACUUCAGUGUCCUUCAAAGGUCUGCUUUUCUGAGGGUGAAACCUCCACUUCUUUAUCUCCCAAAGUGUGACUUUUCUGAGGGCAAAACCUCCACUUUUGUGUCCCUCAAAGGACUACUUUUAUGACGGUGAAACAUCCACAAGUUUUCUGCACUUUAGUGUCCCUCAAAGGGCUACUUUUCUGAGGGCAAAACCUCCACUUCUGUAUCCCUCAAAAGGCUACUUUUCUGGGGGCGAAGCUUACACUUUAGUGUCCCUCAAAGGGCUACUUUUCUGAGGGUGAAACCUGCACUCCUGUAUCUCUCUAAGGACUACUUUUAUGAGGGAGAAACCUCCACUUCCUUCCGUAUUCCUCAAAGGGCUACUUUUAUGAGGGUGAAACCUGCACUUGAGUGUCCCUCAAAGGGCUACUUUUCUGAGGGUGAAAUCGGCACUUCCGUAUCGCUCAAAUGACUACUCGGGUUUGUUCUAGUGGCGCAAACUUCCACUGCAGUAUCCUCAAGGGGGGAAAUCCUCUUUUUCAAAUAUGGAUGUGCUGGGGUUUGGUUCCAGGGAUACAUUUUAUUUCACACAUUGGUGUUUCUCCUCCAAAAAUCUGUGUUUUUAUUUUCUACUGUUUGCCUCCCUCCCAUUCUUUCCUUUUUUUUAUUUUUACAAGCCAUUGAAGGUUGAAUCCCUGGAUAAAGAAUGUGUGGAUACAGAGGGCUGAUUGUAAAUAACACUCUUGAGUAGGAAUUAGUUCAGAAUGAACAUAGGCCAUAAAAGCACUCUGUGAGUCCCUUGGGGUUGUGCUACUUAUUUCCUUGUAAAAAAAUCUAUAUGUUGUCUUUCAGCAAUACUUAUUAGUGGGUUUGUACAGAUAAAAUGAAUACAGUGUUCCCUCACUUAUUGCUGGAGUUAGGUUCCAGGACCACGCACAAUAAGUGAAAAUCUGCGAAGUAAGGACACUAUAUUUAUUUUAAUAUUUAUACAUUAUUUUAGUAGUUAUACACUAUUUUAAGUCUUUAUCAACCAAUCGUGUGUUGAUAAAUCGCCUUCUCCUGUUGCCGCUUGGGCUCCUUUUCUCUCCCUUUUGAUUUUGCCUUCCUUCCUUCCUUAGGCUGUAAAUUGUAAUUUUUAAUGAUUUAUAAUAGUCUUUUAGAGUUUAUUGAAAAACCGCAAAACAGCAAAUCCAUGAAAAGUGAGCUGCAAAGUAGUGAGGGAACACAGUAAAUCAAGAUUACUUGUGAUAUAUCCCAAUGUUUUAAAGUAACAAUAACUUUGCCUGGCACAAAAAGUACUGGCACCAUGCAUACAUCUCCAGGGAAGAAAUUCCAUGAAUGGAUAAGAGGAAGGGAAAUCACAAAGUGAAAAAGCCCCCCUCUCUGGUUUCCACCUUUCUUAUCUCAAAUGCCAGGAAGCCGUUCAAAGACAGCCUCAACAUACGAUUGGUACAUGAACAAAAUCUUUCUUCAGGUACCUGGGCUCAAAACUGAAUAAAUUUUAAAAGAAAACAUCAGCACUUUGAACUGUACUUGAAAACAGACUAAGCUGCCAGUGAAGUUCCUUAAGCUCUACCAAGGUAAUAUGUUCAAAAAGGCAAAUAAUGGUUCAUAAGGUAGCAGCUGUAUUUCAAAAUCUCUGUAAAUCUUUGCUGUUACAUCUGUCAUAAAUUAAUCCAAGCAAGUUUAAUCAGUAAGAAACAGAAGAUGGAAUGGACAUUCAGUUAUUCUUACGUGGCCCUAUAAGCUAAUACUGUAAAGGGGAAAUGUGGGUUCACUAUAUAAGGUACAUUCGGCCCUCCACAUCCAUGGGUUCACCACCCACAGAUUCAACCAAUGGCUUAAAAAUAUUUUGGGGAAAGAAAUUGAAAAAAGCAAACUUUUAAUUUGGCUUUACACUAAGCACUACCCUGAUGUUUAGUCAUACCUUGCUGUAGCCUUGGACCAUUUCACAGAUCCUUAGGCUCUCUAUGGCACUCUUUUGAGUUGAAAUAAAACCACACUGGAUACCACAGUAUGAUGUAAGAUGGAUACUGACUAUAGUGUAUAGGUCUCCCUUCCAAGCUAGAUGGGUUUUAAAUUUCUUGUUAGCACUAUGACCAUUUAUUAACAGUUGUCCAGGGUAGAGAGUUGAUUUGUAUUGGUCACUGUCUUUUUUUUCUUUUUCUUUUGCAUUGGUUUGCCAGUUUGGGAAUAAGUAAAUAUAUGAGCAGACUGGAGCUGGAUCUAUACUGCUCUAUAUCCCAGGAUCUGAUCACAGAUUAUCUGAUUUGAACUAGAUUAUAUGAGUCUACUCUGAUAUAAUCUGGGAUAAAAUAAUCUGGGAUUACAUCCUGGGAUAUAGAGCAGUGUAGAUCCAGUCAGGGUAGUAAUUUUUCCUCUGUUGCCAAUUUGCUUGAAUAGUUCUGAUUACAAAUGAGAUGGGGGAAAUGGCUAAUGCUUGUGUCCUUUGAUUUCUUUCGUUUGCUUUUGCACUAUACCAUAUGAUCCCCUUAUCUGUGUAGGAUAGUUUUAAAAAUGUACUGUACUGUGGAAACUGAAAGCCAUGGAUAAUAUUGAAUCCAACUGAAAGGAAUCACUUCCAUCCGAACUUACCAUAGAGCCGUCAUAGAAUCAGUGUGAAGUUACCAGAGUCAGCAUAGAUAUGCCCCUUAUAGUAAUAAUAUGUUUGACACAGAAAGAAGUCUUGAAGAAGCCUAGAACCACAUCCAGUUCUGGAACAGAUCCGUGGGUCAAAUCCAGGGUGCAUCCACACUGUAGAAUUAAUCUGGUUUAAGUACUAUAACUCAGUACUGUGAAAUUAUAUAAUUAUAGCUCAUCAUGUCACCCAUACAAGCAUGAAACAUUACCACAAUUUAAACAUAUAGUAGCCUUCCCUGCCAAAGAAAUCCCAGUAUUCAAUCGCAUUGAGUUAUAGCUGUUAAAGGGGUGUCAAACUGCUUCAGUUUCAUAGUGUGGAUGCAUUCCUAGACUUACAGGUGCAAAGAGACAUCAAUGGGACUUCAGGAAAUGAGGUAGUGAUUUCACUGAGUCUCCUUUACACCAAUUCAUUGAACUGACAGGGCCAUUUCAUCUAAAUGUAGCAAUUUGCAGUAUAAAUGUCUUGCUACCAUGACAAAGCCACACUGGUGGGUGGUUUCCACUAUGCAAAGCUUUCCAUUGUUGUGCUCUCAGCAUGACAAAGAGAACCAUAAUAGCUGAAAAGAACACUAUGUACUUCUUGGUCACAUCCCGAGGGAAAAUACAGAAGGUGUGCAUAAGCAAUAGCAAAUGCAGGCACAGGUUUUAACCUUGCUGCCUAAUGGACAAAUCGGAAGUGUUUUAGUGGCUAAGGAUACGGUUACCAUAGUGAAAGCUGUAAACACUGGAAUCCAGGCAGGACUGUUGUGUGCCAGCAACAGAAAAAUGGCUCCCAAAGAACAAAUUACUUUCUAAAAAUCCAAAGCAGGCGUGAAAUUUAUGACGACUGCCCUAUUCCAAUCAUACAAGAAGAUGUAUAGAGUUAGUGACCUACUGUGACAAAAUCAAGAAUGUCAUACAAAUCAGGAUCACAGAAGCCUAAAUCUUACAAAGCUGAGGAUUCUGCAGAGGUGGUUAAUAUUGAUUUCAGAAAAGUUAGCGACCUUGACAUUACAGUACGUUGCUCCAUAUGUAAUGAACCGGUACACAUUAGCCAUCUUUUUCACCAUAAGAAAGCCCACCAAGCUCAGGCUGUGCUUGGAUAUCGGCGACCAUGGAUAGAUCCCAUAGACAUAAAGAAAACAAAUCUCCAGAGAGACCAAUUAAUCUUGAGGAUGAGAAAGAUUGCUAAGUACCCUGAAAGACAGAUAGAGAAAAUUUGCUGUUCAUAUGAUUUCCUUAAAGAAACCCUCAAGAAUGCUCCAUAUUUUUGCAUCAAGAGUGUUGCAGAAAGUUCUGUGCAAAGUAAAGUAAUAAGCAACCCACUGAUAAAAGCCAUAGCAAUUUGUCAAGACAAAAAUGCUAUUUGGCAUCAACAUCUGGAAGAUGUAUUUGUUGUGAUAGACAAUUAUGGAAACAGGAAAGAUACAUGCUUUCUUGGACUCUUUGAUGGUGCCAAUGGAAUUUCUGCUGCUCAGACAACUUCUGCUGAAUUUCCUCUCUUACUUCUUGACCAGCUUUCUCAUGGAGACUCCUCCUAUGAACUGAGUCAAGCUGAAAGAAAAGUGCUAAAUUCAUUUUGCACCAUCUUUAGGGCAGAUUACAAAUUAAGAGAGCUUAUUUUUACUGCUAGAAGAGUCAAGAGCCCGAAGACUCAUGAAUGGAUUCACAGAGCAUACGCAAAGGCUUUCUGGCGAAUGGAUAGACUUUUGCGACUUGGGAGAAAUGAAACAUCAAGAGUUCGUUGGAGUAGCUGCACAGCCAUUACUUGUUUAGUGGAAACAAUAAGCAAUAAAAAUCAAAAACAAGAUGAAGAGGGAGAGAAAAGUUCUGAAACACUAAGUCAUGGAAAGCAACCAAAUGACACAGAACAGGAAGAAGAGUUGUCUGAAAGGAUCAAAGGAGCAAAGAGGAAAAGUAACAUAGUAGAAGAGACAGGCAGCACCACAGAACAGCAGAGAGAGGAGCUAAUUGAGAGCAGGAAUGAGGAGAAACAGGUCAGCAUACAAGAAGAGGAAGAACUGCCAAAAGAGAUGAGUAGAGCGAACUCUAGCAUUGAACAUGGUAUGGGUAACAUCAUAGAAAAUCAAAGAAAUGAGCCACUUGGAAACACAAAUGGCAAAAAGGAAGAAAAUAUCGUGCAACAGGAAGAGGAAUUGUCUGAAAGGAUACAUGGAGCAGAGAAGAAAAGCAGCAGAGAAGAAGAGAUACGUAGCUCCACAGAACAGCAGGGUGAGAAGCCAAUUGAGAGAAAGAAUGAGGAGGAAGAACAGAUACAACGAGAAGAGAAAGAACUGUCAAAAGAAAUGAGUAGAGAGAACAGAAAAAGCAAUACUGAACAAGGUUUGGGUGAAAUAGAAAUGCAAAGAGAAGAGCCACCUGAAAAUAUGAAUGACAAAAAGGAAAAAAAUAUGCAAAAGAAAGAGGAGUUGUCUGAAAGGAUAACUGGAGCAAAGACAAAAAGCAACACAGGACAAGGGAAAGGUAGUAUCACGGAUUAUCAAAGAGAGGAACCAAAUGAAAGAAUGAUUGAGGAUGCAGAGAACCACAGUGUUGUAAAACAGGAGAAGGAACUGCCUGAAAAUAUAAUCAAAGGAAAUAGAACAAGUAACAUGCAACAAGAGACAGGCAGCAGUAUCAUGGAGAAACCAAGAAUGGAAUCAACUGAAGGAAUUAAUGCAACCAAAAAAGAGGAAGAUUUCAUCCCACAGGAGGAAGAACAACAGGCUGAGUUGACAGUCAGAGAAGAGGAGAAAGGCACCAUAGAUGAGCUGCAAGAAGAGCCAUGGGAAAUAAACAAGCAAAUGACAAAGGCAGAAGUUGAGCAGAGCAUAAAUCACAAAGAUGAAAUUCAAGAAGUAAAUCCACUUGAAAACAUUCAAAGUUCAGAUGAACCAAGUGUUGGAGUCAUGCAUAUUGCUAACAUUGGUAAUGUUCAUGCAGUUUUAUGCAAAAAUGGGGAGAGUUAUUGGCUUACUAAAGAACACACGACUUACUGCAGAAAGGAAAAGAUACGCGUUAUUCGAAAUGAUGGAAACAUCAGCAGUAACGAACCCAAAGGAUUGAUAGAGGGACUUACCAAAAAUACUCGUGCUCUGGGCCACCAUGGAAACCCUCAGUUGAAAGAAACAGUUAUUCCUGUACCACAUACAAUCUCCUUUCCUGUUGAUGACUCGUGUCAGUUUCUUAUUUUAGCUACCAACGGACUUUGGGAAGUUCUAGAUAGAGGGGAAGUAGUACAGUUAACGUUAACAAUGUUUUCAGCAUAUUUGCAAAGAUAUCAUCACCAACAACAACGAAAGAGAAGACGCAUGUCCAAAGUUUCAAAAUUUUCUUUGAGGGGCAUGGAGGAUGAAUUCCAUUUAUGGUAUUCAAAUCAAGAUUUUUUCAAAGACAGAGAUAAAAAUCUCAGCCAAAAUAAUGUACCAUUGCCCCCAAUAAAGAGUGUCACAGGAGAAAAAACACCAAUUCAGUCAAAAGUUUUUAUAAUGAAUUCAGAAGAUGAAGAAUCAGAAAGCUUGUUAGAACCACCUUCUAUUAGCCUAUCUUCUUCAGAAGAUACAGCAGAAAGACUAGGGAGUGCAGUAGGAUCUGGAGCUCCAAGUACAAAACACGAUGACAAAAGUGAUGAAUCUUCACAAAUAUCAGAAGAUUUGGAAGGAAAUUCUAGGACAUUUUAUGACCUUGCAGCAAAAUAUAUUAGCAAGCACCUUGUAUCAGCUGCACUAAAAGCCGGUUCCAGAGAUAAUAUUACUGUUUUGGUUGUACUUUUAAAUGGUUGUGAUAAGAUACCAACCUAUUUUUAUAAUUUAUAAUAUUUUAUGUGAUUGAAAAGUUGCUGUCAACUCCCUUAUGCUUUAAAAAUGGUGACAAUAUUUAUUUAAAAAUUAUGUUAAGAAGACUAAUUACAAUGGUUUCCAUUUUAUACCACUUUAUUCAAACCUGAGCACCUCAAUAUAAAACUAAACACUGGUGAACUGUCAUUUUCCUUGCUAAGCCCAAAUGACUGCAAAUUUACAAUCUGCACAAGUAAGUUUCUGCUAGCAGUUCAACAUUUAAAUAGAUUAAAUCAUCUUCUCUGACACUUGGUAGAUUUCAUAUAAUGAAAAUAACUAAAGAAUUAGUGCAAUAUACUGGACAGAUCAAAAUAAAAUGGACUUUGGAAAACAAAGUUGCAGAAUUCAUUACAGACAGACAGUAGUACUUAUGUUACAGGUACAGGAGCAUCAUUUAUUACUGUUCUAGCCAUGAAGGAAGAACUUAAUCCCCUCAAGUUGUGGGGAAAAGAAAUGUUAGCUCUUUAAAGUAACUGUACAUAUUGUAUACUUUUAAGCAACUCUUAAAUAGUACAGAGUAUUAAACAGAUGUAGACUACAAUGCAGUACCCUAUUUACAGUACAUUAAUAUUCCAAUUUAAAAUCAAGUUGAAUGUACAUAAUUGUUAGUGCACUGACUUUUUAUUCUUAGGGGAAAUAUAAUUGUGUUAUGAUCAACAGUGAUUAAAAACAAAAUCAGAUAUCUAGUUUUUGUUGUACAUGGACUGACAAUUUGUAAAGAAUGAAUCCUUGUUGCAUUACGAGUUGAAUUCAUUGGUCAUCUUGUAU